GUGUCUCAUUGGCUAUUGAGUCAUCGACCUCUAAAAAGUUCAACACGGUACCGGCUUGAUCUACAUAUUUAUACUUUCCCCUACUUAAUCUCACCAACUCCGUCUCUUCUUCCUUCACCUAUCCCAGUGCAUCUUGUCUUUCAAGAGGAAACGUAUUCUAUCUUAGCCUGUUAAACUUGUUACGUUUCCGAGUUUAGCCUCUUGAUAUCCUUUCCAUAAUAAAUCCCGUCAUCGAUACCACCUUUCACCUAAACACCAUGACUCCUGUUGCGAUCCCUUCGACUGUCCACGAUGGCGAACAGGACUUGGACCUGACUUCUUCUGCCAUUGACCACAGAUUAACCGAAAACGUUCAUACUAACGGUAGCACCAACGGCCAAACUACCCAAUCGUCGAAUGAAAACGGCAACGGCGUUUCUCAACCCAACCUCCAUGAGAUAAACGCUUCUAAGAUCACAUAUACCUUCACCAAGGAGCCCCGUGAUGUUCCUCCUCCGGGAGUCCACUCGAUCGACGGCGCAACUGUCGCUAGCGACCACAUGAUCACCGUUAAAUGGACAGCAAAGUCUGGGUGGCAGACCCCAGAACUUAAACCCUUUGGCCCCUUGUCGCUUAUGCCGACGGCUUCCGUACUCCACUAUGCCACCGAGUGUUUUGAGGGUCUGAAGGCGUACCGUGGGUUCGAUGGCAAACUACGUUUGUUCCGACCUGAUUGCAAUGCCGCUCGUUUCCUCACAUCCUCGGUGCGCAUCAGCCUGCCAACUUUCGAACCUUCUGAAGUAGAAAAGCUACUCAUAGCGUUAAUGGCCGUAGAUGGACCCAAAUGGCUACCCCGGGAACGUCCAGGUACCUUCAUCUAUCUGCGUCCGACGCUCAUCGGAACCCAAUCGCAGCUUGGUGUCCAGGCACCCACAGAAGCUCUUCUUUACAUCAUGGCUACCUUCAUGCCAAUCUUAGAUUCACCAGCUGGUGGCAUGAAACUUCACACGUCGCCAGACGACAUGGUACGUGCCUGGGUUGGCGGAUUCGGAUACGCUAAGGUUGGCGCAAACUAUGGUCCCUCUCUCUUGGCGACCCAAGAGGCCCGCGCACGGGGAUUUGGCCAGAUCUUAUGGCUGUAUGGUAACGAAGGCUACUGCACAGAAGCCGGAGCAAGCAAUUUCUUCGUCGUAUGGAAGAGCAAGGAGGGAAAGACUCAGCUCAUUACAGCUCCCUUAGACGACAGAUUGAUCUUAGACGGUGUCACCAGACGCAGUCUCUUGCAGAUUAUCCGCGAGCGAUUAAGCGACGAGAUUGAGAUCGUGGAGAGAAAAUACACCAUCCAAGAGGUAGUAGAAGCCAACGAAGAGGGACGACUUCUGGAGUCGUUUGCUGCUGGCACAGCAUAUUUCGUCUGCCCAGUUUCGCUCAUCCACCACCGCGGACAAGAUAUCCAAAUUCCCAUGGGAAAGGCAGGCGAAGGCGGUUCGUACACUCUCCAGGUGAAGAAAUGGCUCGGAGACAUCAUGUACGGAAACGUAGACCAUCCGUGGGGUGUCGUCGUACAAGAGGAACACUAAGCCAGCCACACAAAAUUUCCGACGUUGUGUCAUAGAUAUACGUACCGUU